CGCUUUCAAACCCGCACAUAGCUGAAAAUGCAGUCGUCGACAAGCACAUUCGAGUUGGCCGGUCAUACGCACAUUGCUGCACUCAUACUGCCGCGGCACACAGCAUUCAUUACUCAUAAUCGAUCUUGAGACUGCGAGCUGCAACAAACACGCGUACAGGUAGCUGCUGCAGGUCACCACUGCUGCAGGAAGCAAAGCAAAGCAAGCGCAAACGCAAAAAUGGCGCCCGGCGACGGCAUGGCCAAGUCCUUGGACCCGCGCUACAACGGCGGCAUCGCGCCGGCAGGGGGUGGCUCCUCGAAAAAGAAGAGCGGCGGCCGUAGACGAGGGAGUGGACGAGGCGGCGGCGGCGGCGGCGGAGGACGAGGCGGCGGCGGCGGCGGCGGCGGCGGCGGUGGGAACCGACGGAACAGCGGCAAAGGACGAGGCGGCGGCGGCAAGGGCGACCGACGGAACUCCGGCAAAGGCGGUAAGGGGAAAGGGUGUUACCAUUGCGGUGGUAAUCAUACUAGGGCGAACUGCCCGGAGCUUGAGCCGCCCAUCCCCGAGAAGGUCGUGCUGAAUUUUAAAGAUGAGGCGGCCUACAAGGCUUAUCUGGCGAAGUGCCAAAAAGAGAGAGAUGCGUCCGAGGACAUCGCGUUCCGCAACCAUGGGGAGUACAUCAAAUAUUUGACGAAGAUCAAGGAGAAGGAGGACGACGCCCACGCGGCCUGGGCCGUGACGAAGGCUGAACUCGAUAAAAAAGCUCAGGCGGAGGCGGAGCUGAGAGCUAUUGACGCCGCUUUGGCCAAAACAAAGGUGAGCGCGCCGAAGCCUCCCGCGGCGCCUGCUGCUCCUGCUGCGCCCGCGCCGAAGCCCGCGCCGAAGCCCGCGGCGCCGCCCUUGCCGCCGCCGAUGAGCGGCGCGCAGAAGCUCGCGGCUUCUCCGUUCUCGAGCGCGUGGGGCGACUCGUCGGACGACGACUAAGGACGUGUAC